AUGGUCCUAUACAGACAACCAGACUGUGCUACGAACCCAUACAGACAACCAGACUGUGCUACGAACCUAUGCAGACAACCAGACUGUGCUACGGACUUAUACAGACAACCAGACUGUGCUACGAACCUAUACAGACAACCAGGCUGUGCUACGGACCUAUACAGACAACCAGGCUGUGCUACGGACCUAUACAGACAACCAGACUGUGCUACGGACUUAUACAGACAACCAGACUGUGCUACGAACCUAUACAGACAACCAGACUGUGCUACGAACCUAUACAGACAACCAGACUGUACUAUGGACCUAUACAGACGAGUUUGUGUAAAUAUUGACAGUCUUAUUGUUUUUAAUGCUUAUUAUUUCAGAAGUCGUAUAGUCCA